CAGGACAAUCACGCCUUCGCCCUUUUGCCUCAAGGACUAAUCUCUCCCUGUCCUUAAUGUUAACCCUCUCAAGAAACUUUCCAACAAACAGGGACAACAUCGUAUUUUCAAUGAAAUUUCAUCUCCUCCGCUGCUAAGUAUACCUAUCUCCAUCCUUUUCACGAUCGCUUCCCGGACUCCUCCAAAAUUCCUUUUAGAUUCUUGAUCAAUGGCCACUCUCUCCGCCUACUCUCCUCCAUGGCCAAAUCCAAACCCUAACGCUACCGUUCUCUCUUUGCAGGAAGCUGCGGAAGGACUCGAAUCACAGUCACAAUCCCAAUCUUACGACUCUCUUUCUUCAAUUAUGCCUCAAGAUCAUCUUACAGAACAGCUUUCGCCUGUCAGUCCUAACCCCAAUUACCAUGCUCCUGCAUCUUCAUCUCCGGACUCCAACUCGCCUCCCGUGCCAGUUUCUCUACUUCACCUUUCAUUCAACCAGGAUUUUGGCUGUUUCUCCACGGGUACUGACCACGGGUUUCGCAUCUACAACUGCGACCCGUUUCGGGAGAUCUUCCGCCGGGAUUUCGAGCGCGGUGGCGGUGGGAUUGGAGUCGUUGAGAUGCUUUUCCGUUGUAAUAUUUUGGCCCUUGUUGGCGGUGGGUCCAACCCUCAGUAUCCUCCUAACAAGGUCAUGAUCUGGGACGACCAUCAGAGCCGAUGCAUCGGGGAGCUCUCAUUUAGGUCUGAGGUUCGAUCGGUGAAGCUUAGACGGGAUAGAAUUAUUGUGGUCCUGGAGCAGAAGAUUUUUGUGUAUAACUUCGCGGAUUUGAAGCUAUUGCAUCAGAUUGAGACGAUUGCAAAUUCCAAAGGGCUCUGUGCAGUGUCGCAUGGGGCAGGUACAUUGGUGUUGGUUUGUCCAGGGUUGCAGAAGGGCCAGAUUAGGGUGGAGCAUUACGCGUCGAAACGGACCAAAUUUAUUAUGGCACAUGAUUCGAGGAUUGCCUGUUUUGCUCUCACGCAGGAUGGUCAGUUGCUCGCCACUGCCAGCACGAAGGGUACUCUGGUUCGGAUUUUCAACACGGCAGAUGGUACUCUGCUUCAAGAGGUAAGGAGGGGUGCAGAUAGAGCAGAAAUUUAUAGUUUGGCAUUCUCUUCAACUGCUCAGUGGCUGGCAGUUUCAAGUGACAAGGGCACUGUUCAUGUUUUUAGCCUUAAGAUUAAUCCUGGGUCCCCAGGGACUGAGAAGUCACAUAAUACAACUGAUUCUAAUGCUGCAUCUACAUCUUCCACGUCAUCUUUAUCCUUCUUUAAAGGUGUUCUGCCGAAGUAUUUCAGUUCAGAGUGGUCAGUGGCUCAGUUUCGUUUAGUUGAAGGUUCUCAGUACAUUGUUGCUUUUGGUCACCAAAAGAAUACAGUGGUAAUUCUUGGCUUGGAUGGAAGCUUCUAUAGAUGUCAGUUUGACCCAGUGAAUGGUGGAGAGAUGACUCAACUGGAAUAUCACAACUUCUUGAAGCCAGAAGCAGCUUUCUGAAAGGACGUUCACAUUUCAAUUUCUUAUGGAUAUGUCUUGUACUUUUCUUCUCUUUUCUUUUUGGCGUUUACCCCCUAAUUAACUUAAAUGUAGAAAUGGCUGCUUUAUGUUGUAAAUAUGUAAAUAUGGAUUUGUAAAGUAUGUUCAGAAAAAAAACCAAGAAAAAAAAAAGAAUCAUUAUCUCUGUUUAAUAAUUAUGUUGGAACAUGUAAUUACAUUUUUAUUUUAAUAUGAGCCAACGUUGUAAUUUGCAUUCGCUAGAAA